AUGACCCUCCUCGUGUGUCGCGUCUGCGAUCGACUCUCGUUCGACCCAGUGCCAGACGUCCCCUCGGACGAUGAAGACGGCGAAGACAAUGACGAGCAGCCACACCAAGCACCGAUGAUUCCACUCAGGCGCAAAAAGCUAGAUGCACUCCAGUUCGUAGUCUUACCUGCGCCUAGCCACGAUGGCACGCCGACGUACGCCGCGUACUUGAAACCAAAAGUCGCGCCUCAGCCGGACGACUGGGAUUAUUCAUCCCAUCAGCAAGCCCCCUUUGGUAUGGUGGUCUAUGACACAACCCCCUCGUCGACCCCGACUCGAGCCGCCAAGAUGGCGCACGCUAUUUCUCGUCGUACACUUCGUCGCAACGUCGAAUGGGGACGGGAGAGGAUAGAAGUCGUUUGCUUCCCUCUCCCAUCCCAUCUCACGGCCCGCGAGCGUGCAACAGCCUGCAUCCGCCAUCACGGACACGAGAUUCGUUCCCGCGUCGUCAUGGAGGACAUUGACGACGCCAAGUUCUGGUUCCUGCCUGAACGCUUCCAAGAUGAGUGGUACGGCCGCGGUAUCGCCAUUGUCUACCGGCUGGAAGACAGCUGGGAGGGCGCUUUCGAAUGCGACGAGACGGACAUCCACAUUGAAGAGGAGGGUGCGCAAAGUCCAUACGGCAGCUUUGCUACAGUCUACUGGCGGCCGCGCGAGGAAACCUGGGAGUACUACGAAGACGAGUUUCGUCCCGAGAAUCGAGUGAAAGUGAGAAGGUAUGGGUUAGAGAGCAUCGGUAGGAUGUUGGGGCGGGAAGGGGUUGGCAAUAGUAUUAGGGGCUUUUAUGAGCAUUUCGCGCCCGAUGGAGUUUUGGACCGAGAACUGGCUGUCGCCAAGACCAGGUAA